AUGGGGUCGCUGCCGCCGGCCGAGAGGCCACACGCCGUGAUGAUCCCGUACCCGGCGCAGGGGCACGUCACGCCGAUGCUGCAGCUGGCCAAGCUGCUCCACGCCAGGGGCUUCCACGUCACCUUCGUCAACAACGAGUUCAACCACCGCCGCCUGCUGCGCUCGCAGGGCGCGGACACGCUCCACGGCGUGCCCGGGUUCCGGUUCGCCACUUUCGCCGACGGCCUCCCGCCGUCCAAUCCGGACGCCACGCAGGACAUCCCUGCGCUCUGCUACGCCAUCAUGAAUACCUUCCUCCCCAGGUUCAGGGAGCUCGUCACGAAGCUCAACGAGGAGACCGAUACCUCCGGUGGCGCACUGCCGCCGGUCACCUGCGUGGUGGCCGACAGCCUUAUGACCUUCGCCCUCCGCGCCGCGCGCGAGCUCGACCUUCGCUGCGCCACGCUCUGGACCGGCAGCGCCUGUGGAUUCAUGACCUACCACCACUAUAAGGAUCUGCGCGACCGUGGGAUCUUCCCUCUCAAAGGUAUGUAUGUAUGCGAGGCGCAGUUGAGCAAUGGAUACUUGGACGACACGACCAUCGACUGGAUACCAGCGUUGCCCAAGGACAUGCGGCUGCGCGACAUGCCGAGCUUCGUGCGAACCACGGACCCCGACGACGUCAUGUUCAACUUCUUCGUGCACGAGUUGGCCGCCAUGUCGCAGGCGUCGGGGGUGAUCAUCAACACCUUCGACGAGCUCGACGCGCCGCUGCUCGACGCCAUGUCCAAGCUCCUGCCGCCCAUCUACACCGCGGGGCCGCUCUACCUAACCGCGCGCAACAACGUGCCGGAGAAGAGCCCGGCCGCCGCCCUUGGCUCCAGCCUGUGGAAGGAGCAGGACGGCCUCCUCGAGUGGCUCGACCGCCACCCUCCCCGCUCGGUGGUGUACGUCAACUUCGGGAGCAUCACGGUGAUGUCGAACGAGCAACUGUUGGAGUUCGCGUGGGGGCUCGCCAACACCGGCUACGCCUUCCUGUGGAACGUGCGACCCGACCUCGUCAAGGGCGACACGGCGGCGAUCCCUCCGGAGUUCUCGGCGGAGACCGAGGGGCGGAGCAUGCUGUCGACGUGGUGUCCGCAGGCCAACGUGCUGGAGCACGAGGCCGUGGGGGCGUUCCUCACGCACUCCGGGUGGAACUCGUCGCUGGAGAGCAUCAGCUCCGGCGUGCCGAUGGUGUGCUGGCCCUUCUUCGCGGACCAGCAGACCAACUGCCGGUACAAGUGCACGGAGUGGGGCGUCGGGAUGGAGAUCGCGGACAACGUGAAAAGGGCCGAGGUGGAGGCCAUGAUACGGGAGGUCAUGGAGGGGGAGAAGGGAGGGGAGAUGCGGCGCCGCGUGACGGAGCUCCGGGACAGCGCAGUGGCCUCAGCGCGGCGUGAUGGACGGUCCAUGCGCAAUGUUGAUAGGCUCAUCAACGAGGUGCUGCUGGCUUGA